UUAUCUCUCCCCCAAUACUCAUAUCUUCGCAUAUUCCUGGUAGUCUCCGUUUUUUUAUCCAUGUUAUUCCUUAAUUUGUUUGAGGGAAUACUCUUAAUUUUUACUCCUGGGACUUCAUUUUCCUUACCCAUGGCCUCUUCCUUAUCCCUAGUGUGGCCCAUCCAUAGUUACUGAUGCUUUUAUUGAUAUCUUUAUUUAUUUAUAUAUUUAUUUUUUCACAUUAUGGCCUAUAGUGCUGGUAGACUUUCUUUUAGGGACCUGGUGGUUGGCCAUUGUUCAUCAUGGUGCAGGCAAGUGUUUAUGGUAGUGCCAUCUAUUCUUGGCUCAUGCUGCCCCCCAGAGCUCAUUCUUGAUUUACUUGGAGAGUUCUUCUAGGGUCCAGGUUGAUAGGUGGUCUUCAGGACAGCAGGGCGGAGUGGGCAAAAAUGAGCGGCUUUUCCGAUACCCUACCCCCCUGUCCACCCAGCAGUGAAUGGGUACCAGACUCAGCCUCCUCUAGAAACAAGGGGGACGCACGAUCCAGGACUCAGCAGCGGCAGUGUGAGGCAUCAUGAGUGGGCUGGUGGCACUGGUGCUGGGGGGUUCAGGGGAGGUGGGACAGGAGCUGGUGCGGGAGCUGAUCAAUCACCCGUCCUUCUCUCGUGUUGUCCUGAUAACCCGCCGGCAGCUGGAACUCAAAUCAGACAAGACAGAACAGCGGCUUGUGGACUUUGACAAGCUAGAUGACCACAAGGAGGCUUUUGAAGGAGCUCAGAUAGCAUUUUGUUGUCUGGGCACCACGCGGGGGAAGGCUGGGGCCAAGGGGUUUGUGCAAGUGGACCGAGACUACGUGGUCCAUGCUGCCCGCCUGCUGAAGGAAGCUGCCUGCCCUCACUUCAACUUGGUUACAUACAGCGGUGCCAACAAAAACUCCUUCUUCCUCUACCCCAAAACUAAAGGUGAAGCCGAGGCAAUGGUCACAGAGCUCAACUUCCCUCGACUGUCCAUCUUCCGACCUGCGUUGCUCCUCUGUGAACGCCAGGAGUCAAGGCCCAUGGAAAAGGUUGCUCAGAUUGUUGUCCGAGGGUUUGACUGGCGGAACAAGAUUAGCGUUGGGACAGACACUGUAGCGAGGGCCAUGAUUAUCAACGCCUUAGAGCCUCAGUCACCCUCCAAGUCUGAGGAGGAGUGCAAAGUAGAGAUCUUUCAAAACAAUGACAUACUGCGCCUUGGCAUUGACUGAUGGAUGGCUGCAACACGGAGGAUGUGGUGCCUGUGCUGUGCCUGUGCUUGGUUGUUGAGUGAUCUUGGUGAUGUCUUCGUUUGCACAUUAUGUUGGUAUGUAUUCUGAUGCACUGACACUUCUUCCAGGCAUCUUGAAUAUUGAGUUUUACCUUCAAGCAGAUUAUUAUGUUUGGUGACAGUUUUGUUGUUUAUUUUUAUCUCUCGUCUUCAUUUUCACUUCUCUCUGUUAACCUGGUAGCUGCGGGGAUCAUGUUUCUUAAAGGCCCCUCUAAGCGAGAAAAAGGAGAAAAAAAAUCAUCAUUCACGCAGACCAUUUCAUAAUGAUAUAUAUCAACGCAUUUGUGAUCAGUUUAUGCAUCAUCUGUUUUGGGGGGGUUUAUAUCAUGGCAAAAAUUUAGCCCGUCGCUGGUACACGGUAAAGCCACAAAUUUGGCCCGUCGCUGGUACACGGUAAAGCCACAAAUUUAGCCCGUCGCUGGUACACGGUAAAGCCACAAAUUUGGCCUGUCGCUGCUACCGGGUUAAGGUUUGAAAAAUUCUUCUGUUAUUUUCUUUUUUUGUCUUGUAAUCCUCAUAUUGUUUCACAGUAUCAUUUGGGACAAUAUGGAGAUACUUGAUUGCACAAAUUAACUCGGUGGACUUUUUGUGUUGUUAUCUACUUUAUUUACAUGUAUGCUCCUUCAGUAGUUGUGACCUUAUGUGUAGAGAAGGCAGGUUGUAUAAGACUUACCCAUUGUGUCUUAAGAUAUUGGCCAGUGCCCGGUAACUAGUCCAUGAGGGUUCAAAUGCAUCCAUUCCAUAUUUAUUCCAUUCAUCUGGUUUAUUAAUUAAGAGAACUCUUUGGUUGGUAUUACAAGACACUUUCGCUUCUCACAUCAGCUAUUUCUAAAGGUCAAAGAGGGGGUCAGUCGGGUUCUAAUGAGUGUUUCUUGGGGUUCACGGUACAGAAGAAGGGUCGCAAUACCACCAGGGUCAUAAAACUACUCCUGGAAAUGCCCACAACUCCUACGAAAGCCUUGUCAAUUAUGUGUUCUUGGGCGGCGAAAUGUCUUGUGAUACGACCCUUUCAGUUCAUAUUACCGAGAAACUAAUUUUCAUAUAACACUAAUAGAUUGGUUACCUCAGGCAAAUGUAUCAUUAUUUACAAUUUUACAUACUUCUUUGCCAGGUAACUUUCAUUAUAAAAUCUAGACGUGGACAUUGAAAAGUGCUAUUAGGAAUGUGAUCAUGAGCCAGAAUCCUUCAUAAACACACUAGGAUGUAAGACCCUGGGCCAGUCUUAUAGUCUGGUACAGCACGUUUGUAAGCUCCCCAACCAAACACAAAACACAACGAAAAUUCCUUGUAUAUUUUUUUUUUUAUUUAUUUAUUUAUUUAUUUUUUUAUUUUUAUUUUUUUUACAGCAGAAGAGUCAGUUCAAGGGCAUAAAAAAAUGGUAACAAAUGUGAAGAAAAAACACUAUACAAGGAAUUUUUGUCAUGUUUUGUGUUUGGUUGGGGAGCUUACAAACGUGCUGGACUGGAGUGUAAGACUGGCCCCCUGUCUACUUCCCUGGUGGUUGAGGUGCUACACAUCAUGCAUUUGGUACUUUUAUGGUUUGUGUUUGGUUGGGGAGCUUACAAACGUGCUGAACUGGACUGUAAGACUGGCCCCUGUCUACUUCCCUGGUGGUUGAGGUGCUACACAUCAUGCAUUUGGUACUUUUAUAUGGUUGUGUGCAUUUUGACGUCAGGAUCCAAGGCAUUGAGCGUAUAUAUGUGAUAUAUGGUUAGUGAUUCACUAUUUGUACUAGUGUUGUUUCAGCUCCUGCAUUAUGUCUUGGUUGUGAAAGAAGUUGCCUGAAUUAUUUGUAACUUUUCAGGGACCCGGAAGUUAUCAUGGUUUCCUUCUUUUGUCUGUUUUUGAUAUUUGUUUACUUACCUUUUAUCCAGUCUUGCUUACCACUAAUAGAGGUCUAUAACUAGGAGGGAGAAGAGGGUAUUGGCACACUUUUCCAAAUGUUCUCCUCUUCCAGGUAAUAUGCAAAAAAUGACCAGUAUAUAUAUUUAGAUAUUUUUUUGUCUGUGAUAUAAUUCAUUGUUAACAAUUAAUCCUUAAGUCCAGCAUAAAUUCUCAAACGUCUUAUUUUCCUAUUUUCCUAUUGCUCUUAAGAAUUGUGCUUCCAUACUUAAACUGUGCAGUCAAACUCUUGCCUCUGCCUACCAACAGCUGUCUUUUCUUCCAGCUGGAAAUACACGUACAUACAACUUCUGCCUAAAAAGGAUGGCCACUCUAACCCCUUAAAUUCAUAUCCUGCCUCUUUUUAAGCUUUAAGAAACCAUCCUUCUCAGGAAAUUUCUUAAGCAUCUAUCAACUUUUAAUCUUUCGUCUGAUUAUAUCAGUAUGGGUUCCACAAAGGGCAUCAUCCUGGUGAUGUUUUUGCCUUUUAAAGUGAUCGUUGGUCAUCCUCUCUUUUCAUUUCAAGGAAACUAUUGCUGUUGCCUCAGACAUCAUGGAAUCUCUCAACAGAGUGUGGCACAAAUUUUUACUAGCUAAACAACCCUCCCACAAACUCUAUUCUCUGUACUCUUAUCUUGUUCCAGUCUGGUUGAUUUGUUUUUUGCUGCAGUAAAUGGUUACGGUUUUGAUCCUAUAAACAGUGGUCUUCCACAGGAAUCUGGUCUCUCAGCCACUCUUUCACUUGGAGUGUCUCUUGUAUCAAGCAAAGUUAGGGUGCCUCUCACUAAGUAAAAAAACAGUUUUAAUGGUAGCAGGAGUGUCUUGGUUCUUUAUCUCAGACUAAUUCAUGGCUGUGUGGCUCCUGACUUUCCCAACAUUCCUAGUUGCUCUGAACAUGUCUGACUACAGACCUCUAACAAUUCUUUCAGUCUUAUCUAAAGUUAUGUCCACAUGUUUUGCUAGGUUUAUGGAAAGUUCUGGUUUGUUUUUAUCUUGCCAUGUGCACACAGAAAAAUCAGGGCACCACUUAUACACUUGUGAUGAUUAUUUAUGAACAUCAAUCAUCACUGAAUGAAGGAUCUGAAGCCUACGGGUAGUCUUUUCUGCAGCAUUUGAUCAUGUCAACCAUAAUGGCCUCCUGUUAGCACUUUGUAGUAUAGGGUGUCCUGUUCUCUGAAGUGAGCCAGUUUUUGAGGGAUCACACUCAUUGUAUCUGUGUGGACAGUAGUUAUAGUGUGCCUGAGGGAAGUGAGUUGGGUCCUUUGCUGAUCAUUACUUAUGCUGAAGAUUCUCACCAAUAAUAGCUUUUUAAAUAGCAUUUUUGACAAUAACACAAGUUAGAGUAAAUUCCAAGUGUUUACAAUUGCUUUUGGAUUUUUUCAAAUAACAGAUAUUUUUCUGGAAGUGAGUGUCUUGGCCCAUCUUAUAUUUACUGCCAUCUUGAUGAUUUUGGGCCGCUUUCACAGUCACUUUGUUUGUUUUGAUCGUUACCAAUGGCGGCGAUCGACGCUAUAGUUUUCCACGUGAAACUGGCCUAUGGAGUAGUGGUGGCUGCAGAGGAAGCGAGAGGUGUUGAGAGUGUGUGGUAAGGUGCGGGGCUAGGCUAACCCAACAGCUGCCACUACCCCAUAGGCCAGUUUUAAGUGGAAAUACUAUAGCGGCGAUCGCCACCAUUGGUAACGAUCAAAACAAACAAAAUGACCGUGAAAGCGACUCAUAGUCAUCAAACUUGUUCCCUGGCCAAGCAUUCACUAAGCUCUUACAAUAUUGUAUGCAACUCCUACAAUGCUGUAAACUUGUAACCCUGUUCACAAAGCACUACAACAUUCUCUGGAGGUUGUACCCAAGGCUCUUACAAUAUUGUAUGCAACUCCUACAAUGCUGUAAACUUGCAACCCUGUCCACAAAGCACUACAACAUUCUCUGGAGGUUGUACCCAAGGGUGCAAAUAAUGUAUAUCUGUGAAGGCAAUUAAGUCUUACAACAUCUCUCAGGUUUACACAAAUGGCAUUAUAAUUAGGGUUUCCCAACAACAAAAUGCAUGGAAGAAUGUCUCAAAAUAAAUCCCUCCAUUACAGUGACUGCAAAAGGUAUAAAGUGCCCACCAUAGAAAUCAAUGAGAAAAUGUGCCUUAAUGUUUUUGCACUUUGCUUAUAACAGUCUCGCAACUGACCCAAACCAUCAUGUUUAUCAAUUAUCAAUGUUCAGGCACACCAGGAAAACAAGACAACCCUCAGUUCCUGCCUCAGUGCUCUUUGAUCUUCCUGAGAGUACACCUGUGCUGCUUGCUCUUGUACUGCUACCCUUUACACCUGUCCCCUCUUAUUUGCAGGGUUAGGGGACAUGGCCCCCUUGGGAAUACAAGAAAUUCUUGAAUGUUUGGCUUGCUCCCCCCAAGCCUCUAGACUUACAAAAAUCAGUGGCAGCAUUUUACACAAACUGUACCUAAUAAGCAUUUCUGUUUAGGUCAAGUGUAUUGAUUUCUUGUUGCUUGAUCCUCUCACUUUGCUGGAUCUUUUUCAUUUUAAAUGUCUAUCAUAUACUUUUAUUCCUUUUAUCUUUAACUGCGUCGUAGUUUAUUGACUCUUAGGUGUGUUGGGCUUAUAGACUGUAACUUAAAAUAUUUGUGCUCCUUAGGCCAAUAUUGUAUGCAACUCCUACAAUGCUGUAAACGUGCGUUGUAUUGUUUGAUAAUAAUGGCAAUAAUGAUAAUAUUAAGAAUACUUAUAUUGACUAAGACUUUGCCUGCUCACUGCACAUUUCCUGCCUCUCCUUUACAGUUCAGAGGUUUCUGGUUACAGGCCAGUGUCCUCUCACAUUGUAGUUGUAGGAGCCUAGAGAUGCUGAGCCAUUGCUGCAUACAAGAUGCAAACACUGAUUAACUCACCAAAUGGGUGCAUCACUAUAUUAGGAGGGCACUGCACUGUUGUUGGCACUAGAGACCAGAGCUCUUAUUCCCUCCCAAUUUUCAAUUGAGUCACAGUUUAGCAGCUUUGUGAACCUUAUUGGGGGCACCAUAAGAAACUAAGAAAUACAGAAAGUGUCUAAGUGUGUGGUGGCCCAAAACAAAAUGCUCAGCUGUUGGCUAGUUUACGUGACAGCAUUAGGCCACAGCACUUCUGUGGUUUGUUUUCUUCAAAGUGCUUUUGGGCCUCCUAUAAACACCUUUCCCUGCACAACACACUGGCCAAGUUGAAACUGUUUUACUGAUUAUCUUGUAUCAGAUAAACAUUUUCUCCUCAGUUCAUGAGGUACAAAGGGGCCAGUGAGGAAGGAACUAACUGCUAUCAGGAUGGUUAGUUGGGUGCUUACUCCGAGGCCAGUGCAGGGGUCUUGUGUGUGUGGUGUGGUACAGCUAUGCAUUAUUAAUUUACCUGCAGGGUGAACCUGUAAGUUUUAGCUAGACUUUCACAUUGUUUGUGUUGACUAGUCAACACUUCCUGGCCCAGUCCAGGCAUUACCUUCAGACUACCAGGCCACAUGUACUCUUCUACCCAAACACCUGUUCUCUACCAUUGUAUCCAUCAGGCUUGAGGCCCUCAUGGAUGCCUCCCUUGUGGACCAGGGGACAGGUGGCCUGGCUCCUGUACCUUACAUAGUCUGUGGGUUGAGUCCUAACCACAUUAUGACAAAAAAGCAUGAGACUAAUGCAUUGACAAGGAGAACCAGUUAUUGUUUGUUGUAUCUUUACUAGCCCAUAAAAAUAUGAUUGAUA